CUUUGGAAAGCAGCGGGAACGUUGCCUUCGUUUCUCGCUCUAUAAAUUCCCCAGUUUCUAGGGUUUCGUAUUUCUCUUUCUCACCACCUCGAUCCCCUUUUCUCUCCUUGCUCGCAGCCAGAUCUGCUUCCGUUUCAGGGCUAGGCUGUAAGUAUGACUCCACCUAUCGAGGCAUCAAUUAAGUCUGCUGAGUCUCAUCCUUCACAGCCACCUCUCAAUGAAAGAAUACUAUCAUCCAUGUCCAGGAGGUCUGUUGCAGCACACCCCUGGCAUGACCUGGAGAUAGGACCUGGUGCACCUGAAAUUUUCAACUGUGUGGUGGAAAUAGGGAGGGGGAGUAAAGUGAAAUAUGAGCUUGACAAAAAAACUGGUUUAAUCAAGGUGGACAGGGUGCUCUAUUCAUCUGUAGUGUACCCUCACAACUAUGGCUUCAUUCCCCGCACUCUUUGUGAAGAUAGUGACCCAAUGGAUGUGUUGGUUAUCAUGCAAGAACCAGUUCUUCCUGGAUGUUUUCUUCGAGCCAAAGCAAUUGGUCUCAUGCCUAUGAUUGAUCAGGGUGAGAAGGAUGAUAAAAUAAUUGCUGUGUGUGCUGAUGAUCCUGAAUACAAGCAUUACAAUGAUAUCAAAGAGCUCCCACCCCAUCGACUUGCUGAAAUCAGGCGUUUUUUCGAAGAUUACAAGAAAAAUGAAAACAAGGAUGUUGCUGUUAAUGACUUCCUGCCAGCUUCUGAUGCUUUCAAUGCAAUAAAACAUUCAAUGGAUCUUUAUGCGAGCUACAUAGUGGAGAGUUUGAGGAGAUAGGUAUGGCGCAUUUACUAUAUAUAUAUCAUCUUCAGGAACUCUGUUCUAUGUUGAAGGGCUUUUCUAAGUUGUGAUGUCUUCUUUUAUAUUUUGCUCAAAAUAUAUCAUGAGUGCUACUUAUAUGUUGUGAACUGAUAUCUUUAUAUACUUAUCUUUGAGUUGGCAAUGUUUGUCGCAUCUGUGUUCAUCUUUCCUCAAUUCUUUAUAUAUCAUCAUGCACAAAGAUAGUAAAAGAAUAUUAAUAAAAUGAGAAUGGGAAACAAAUGGGAUAAAGUGGAGGAAUAAAGUAAAUGCUGGGAGGUAUAUCCAAAGAAGAUCCUCCCACUUCUGAUCCCACAAGACCCCACAAGUAGGUUUUUUUUAUUGCUUACUUCCUGCCUAUAAAAAAAGCUAGGAAACCCAGGACACAUCCCUCCAUUUAUGUCCAUUGAUGGCCUCUAAGAGGCCUCUUCCGGUGGCCUCUUGAUGCUCUUGUUGUUGUUGUUGUUGUUGAUGAUGAUGAUAAUUCCUUGGUAUUGAUCUUCUUUUAUGAAGGGCAACCUUGAAUCUUUGGCAAUUGGUUCUCUUUUUAUUUUUCUUUUGUUUUUUUCUCUACCUGUGCUUACUAAUGUAAUUUUUGGAGAAGAAGACAGUGAGAUCUUGUAGAAUUUGUGGA